AUGGCAGCCGCAGCCUGCGCCUUCGAAACAUACGAGCUGCUCGAAUGGACUCUACUGCACUUGCCACUUCGCGAUCUGCUGCUCGCUGAGCGUGUCUGCAAAACAUGGCAACAAGUGGUGAAGAAGUCGGAUAGAAUCGAGAAGGCCCUCUUCCGAAGGGCUGCACCCUGCAAUGUCAACUUUCUGAUGCCCGGACUCGCCUGUUCUGGGCUGGAUGAGCCGUUCUGCGAGCAAGUCCCAUCUCCGGCUUGCUAUAUCAACCCGUUCAUCAACCAAUAUGUGGAUUGUUUGCGAAUAGUGCUACAGCUGCGUCAAAGUCUGUUCGAACACAACGAAGAAUCAGAAUCCCGUUCAGCACUCCAGAGCGUGGAAGCCUCGUGGAGGAAGAUGUUGCUACUGCAGCCUCCACCUGCCUCAACGGCAUUCAUCUGCAAGGGGCGAAUGAAAAGUCGUCAAAAACUUGAAGCCGAUUGUAUGAUACGCAUGAACGAUUCCUCUGGACAUCGAGGUCAACAGAUCGACAUGGGCUACAUAGCCAACUUUCUGGACGAGCACCUUCAAAAAUGUCCACUUUGCCCUACCAUUGAGGAACGAGCGUGCAAGAAAGAGGAGCAAAAGGCCCCUGCGUGGAGCAUGUGUAUUAUGGAGGACCCACUUACUCUGGAUGUGAAUGUCGUGACGGGAUGGGAGUGCGUGGAGAAGCUCGGAGGUUGCAAGGGAGAGAGACGGGGCGCGAGUGCCAAGUAG